UCCAAAAUGGCCGACCAGCACAAGCUUGGUGAUAUCAUCGAGGAUCUAGAAGCAGAUAAUAUCGAGAAUGAAGCACCGAAUAUAGACCAUAUUAAUCAGGAAAUUGUUAACAAAAGGUUGCUGAAGUGCACCCAAGCGCAUGAUAUUCUGUCUUCUACAUUUUCAGAGAUGGUCCUGACCUGAAAAACUCUUACAGAACAGAAUUCAGAGUGAAAUAAAUAAGUAUGAGCAGCUAGAGACUAAGUAUAUCAAGAAAUAAGGACAAACUCUCUAUGGCACUCUCUGUUAUUGAGGAAAAGGAUAAGUAUAUCCAGAAGUUAGAGGAAAAAUUACGAGAAAGAGAUGAUGAGGUACUCCCGGUUAAAGAUGAUUUACCGGAACUUUCUCCUGAGUGCACACAAUAUCCUGAGUGAUCAGAAGAGCCUGGUGGCGACUCUUCUAUAUUGAAUGCUCAAAGAUUAUCAUAUGCUUUAUGCAAAAAGCUGAAGGAGAUUAGUGAAGAUGAUAACUUAAUUACAAAAUCUCCUGUUUUUAAAACUCAAACUGACAACGCUAGUGAGAAAAAGUCAUAUGAGCUUGAUAAUACAAAUCCGUAUCUUCAAAAUACUUCAUCUGCCAGGAUCCUGACUGCUGACAACAACCUGCAGGAUACUAUUGAUAAGAUAGAGAAUGAUCUCAAACGAAAAAGGAGAGCUUCUGAAAUGGAAGAAUUUGUAGACUUUGAUGAUAACAACCAGGCUAUAAAGCAGCCCGUCCUUAACUCUCGAGAAAGCAAGAAAACCUCCAAUUUCGUAGAUUCCUCACGGAGCUCACUUGCUAAGAUCAAUAUGAAAAAGAAAAUGUCUAAAACAAAUACUUAUAAAGCGAAAAGAGUUAAGAAGAAUGACAAGGAAGACUCCUCCAGCCUUGUCUCAAUCAAAAAGACUCAUAAAGUUAGUCGAACAACUGGCUGGAUCAUUGAGAAGAAGGAUAAGUCUAAUGGCAAAAAGAAUAAAAAGACAUACGAUGUUUUUCACAAUUUUGACUCAGAAAAUGAUGAUAAGAAUGUGAAAUCUCCUGAGAAACCUCCAGAGAAGUCACCUCCAAAGAAGCCAGCAGCUAAAAAGAAAAAUGCCAAGAAAAAGAUGAAGAGUAAUAACAAAAAGAAAGCUAAGAGGCCUAAAAAGACUCAAAAGGAGCCAGAUCAAAGCGAAGCUGAGGAAGACUAUGAGAUAAUUGUCAGUGCAGAUAGCGAAUCUGCUUUAUGAGAGGCUAAAAUGAGGGAGAGCAGACGGAAAAGCACCUCAGAUUAUGAUAAUGAAUCCUCUGUCCCUCUUACAGAUGGUAAGAGUCCAAUAAAACAUCAAGAUUUUUCAGUACAAGAGAUCAGUAGCAAAGAGGUUACUGAACUGAAGGAGGUGGAAAAUAUCGAAGAUUCUGAUGAAGAGCAAAAACAUAAUGAAGCCAGGCCUUUUAAACACAAAUUUAGAGAAGCAUGAAGGGAUAGGGAAGAACGAAGAAAAAGAAAGGGCCAAGCUUGUGAAAAAUGCAACCAGUGGUACAAUUUGGUUGGAGAAGAUGUAGAACAAAUGCUUCAUGAAUGAAGUAGACAUCGGGACAAUAAUAAAAUAAUGAACACACCUCCUAGGUUUUAUGAGACAGAUAUCUAAUCCCCUUCUUCCAUAUUUCUCUUUCCUAACGCGCUUCUAAU